AUGAAGUAUCGGCGAUUGGAGAAGGCUGACCUCAAGGCCACUACCGUGGUGGCAGACCCAAAUGCCCGCGGUCAAAGAAAUAGCACAUUAGCCUGGUUUUGGUCCAUUGACGUCGAGGGGGAUUCUACCAGCAAUGACUGGAUGAAUGAAUUUUACCGUAUCCAUUGGCUCAGGACUUUGGCACUGCGCAAUCGUUGGGAAGAGGAGCUGCUGCUGGUCGGUCGAGAAAUGACAUGGACCGUUGCAUUCUUCAUGCAUAAAUCUCAAGAAUGGGUCCGCCAAAUGCAGGAGGCUGAUGCAAAGGAAAUCACUGGGCACCGCUGCUAUGCAGCCCGCCAGGCUCAAAUGUAUCUCCGACUCUCACAGCAUGCGGAAGACAGCUUUGACAGAACAAAAGGGGUGGCUGAGGUUGCGGAGUGA